CCCAGCAUUUUGAUUCACCAACAAAUCUCAAACAAUGGCUCCCUUUGCAAAACCACUCUCAUUUUUCUUCCUUCUAGUGCUCAUUUUCUCCUCCUUCGAAAAUAUUCAAGCUAGAGAGAGCGUGUUCUUCAGCAAAGUCACCCACUACAACAACAACAAGAAUGUUAACGAGCCAACAAUCAGUACCUCUAUCGCAGAAGUGCCAACACCAGCACCGUCACCAGCAGCAGAGGCACCAGAACUAGCAGACGUGCCGGCACCAGCACCAAGUUACUCGGAGAAAGAGCACCGCAACAAUGGCGCCUUGUAUGGCCUUGGCUCUGGCAAAUCCCCUUCCACGGAGGAGACACCAACUACCAUUGAUGUUGAAGAUGAAAUUUUGGCUGAAGAACUAAGCGGUGAAAGCUUUGAUCGCACAGGUAAUUAUGAAAGCACCAACUUGUACAACAACAAUGGCUACAAGACCAACUAUGUCAACAACAACAACAACAACUACGUUAAUGGUAAUGGCUACAAGACCAACUAUGUCAACAACAACUACAUUAAUGGCAAUGGCUACACAAAAACGAACAAUUACAAGGGCGGCAAUGGCGGGGAAAACCGUGAGAUUAAUGCACAGCAAGGGAUGAGUGACACAAGGUUUUUGGAAAAUGGUAGGUACUAUCAUGAUGUGAUCAACCAAAAUUUCAAUGAAAAUUACGAAGCAGGGAGAGGAAGCACUAGAAACUAUGUUGAGGGUUAUAAUGGUAACAGGGAGAACUCCAAUGAGUUCAACACCAUGGAAGAGUAUGAUAAGUACCAGGAGAGCCGAGGAUAUGUGCCUUAAGUUAAUAUAUGUGUUCCAUAUCCAAACAUACAGACAGAUUUCGAUGUGUUUAGGGAUGAUA